AUUUACACAACUAAACUUAGUUGUUGAUGACAACGACGUUUGGUUUUUAGUUUUAAAAAUUCAAUAUUUUAAUUAUAUUUUAUUGAUUGGAACGUAAGAAAAGUUAUCUUCUUCAAAAAUAGUUUUGGCGUAGAGUUUGAGAUAAAUUAAAUAAUUCCAAGCUAUAAGGAUGUUGGCGAUAUUCAAUUUACAAAGUCUAUUGACAAUUUUAUUAUUGUCUAUUUGCACAUGUACUUAUUUAAGACAAUUAUUACCAAGUAUUAUAGAUAGGAACAAAGUUGGGCCCUUAGGAACGUUUUGGAAGUUAGCUAGAAUUGGAGAACGUAAAAGCCCAUAUGUAUCAUUUUGUUGUAUUGCAAUGGCUUUCAGUAUUUUAUUUUGGACGUAAUAAUAUUUUUAAUUAAAAUAUAAAUAAAUAAUGAUAUUAUUUUAA